CGACCAGGACGACUACGAGGUGGUGCGCAAGGUGGGGCGGGGAAAGUACAGCGAGGUGUUUGAGGGGGUCAACGCGGUCAACAGCGAGAAGUGCAUCAUUAAGAUCCUCAAACCCGUCAAGAAGAAGAAGAUCAAGAGAGAAAUCAAGAUCCUGCAGAACCUGUGCGGCGGGCCCAACAUCAUUCGCCUGCUGGACAUUGUGCGGGACCCGCAGAGCAAGACCCCCUCACUCAUCUUUGAGUUUGUGAACAACACCGACUUCAAAGUGCUCUACCCCACGCUCUCUGAUUACGAUAUCCGCUACUACAUCUACGAGCUGCUUAAGGCGUUGGACUUCUGCCACUCACAGGGCAGCAUGCAUCGGGACGUGAAGCCACACAACGUGAUGAUCGACCACGAGCAGAGGAAGCUGAGGCUGAUCGACUGGGGCCUGGCGGAGUUCUACCACCCCAACAAGGAGUACAAUGUUCGCGUUGCGUCCAGGUACUUCAAGGGGCCCGAGCUGCUAGUGGACCUGCAGGACUACGACUACUCGCUCGACAUGUGGAGCCUUGGCUGCAUGUUUGCUGGCAUGAUAUUCCGCAAGGAGCCAUUCUUCUACGGCCACGACAACUACGACCAGCUUGUCAAAAUCGCCAAGGUGCUGGGAACGGAUGAGUUGAACAGCUACCUGGGCAAGUACAGCAUCAUGCUGGACCCGCAUCUGGAGGCGCUGGUGGGGCGGCACAGCCGCAAGCCAUGGUCCAAGUUUGUCAACAGCGACAACCAGCACCUCGUGUCGCCCGAGGCUGUGGACUUUCUGGACAAGCUGCUGCGGUACGACCACCAGGACCGGCUCACAGCGAGAGAGGCCAUGGCCCAUCCGUAUUUCUACCGUAUUCUCCCAUACCUUUCCUCGUUCAAUUUCGUCGAGUUUACAGCACAAAUCCCUUUCACUCGCGAGCUAGUUAUGGCUGCUCCCGCCGCCUCCUUGAGCGCAUCGCAGCAUCUUUGCCGCCUGAACGUCGCACUUCCGGCCGCAGUAGCCCGUGGUAGCGUGCGCGAGCUUAGAGCUACGCCAGUGCGCGGGAAGGGGCUGAAGGCGAGUACGCGCGGAAGCGAUUGGAGGAAGGCAGCAGCAGCGGGAGGGAGCGCGCGACUGGGGUGCCGUGCGAUGGCGAGCGAGGGCGGUUCCGCCACAACGGUUUCGGCGCCAUCCGCGGCCACGCAGCUUCCCGACCUCAUGACGGAGUUCAUGGUGGACAUGUCCUGCCAGAGCUGCGUCAAGAACGUGCGGGGGAAGCUGGAGCCUCUGGAAGGCUGGAGCGCAAGCCAGACACGCCAGCAACACAGCUGCGGCCCAGGGGUGCUCCUCUGCUUUCCUGAUUCAUUGCUGAAGGGGCAUAUCUUGACGGCGGGUGAGGCUGAAACGCAGGGAGAUGAGAGAGGAACUAGUAAGGACGAGAAGAUCGAGGCAGGAGGAGCGGAAGCAGACGGAGGUGAGAGGGGAUCAGCGGGAAGACGCGGAGACGAGAGGGAAGCUGGGGAAGAGGAGCGGGGUGAGGAGCGGCAGGGCGAAGGCACCCCCAGAAGAAACGCUCGGGUUGAAGGACAUGAGGAAGGGAAGCAGCAGCAGCAGCAGCAGCAGCAGCAGCAGCAGGAAGGAGAGCAGCAGGAGAAAGACAGACAGCCGGAGCAGGAGGAGCAGGAGGAGAAUGAGGAUGAAGAGGAGGAACAGGACGAGAAGCAGCAGCUAGUGGGCGCUAGGGAGAGCAGUAGGAAGGGCGACAGGGACGGCGGCGGCGGCAGCGGAGUGAAGCGGGGGCUACGAUCUGUGAUGGCGGGGCGGUUCCAGCACUACUCCGCGCUCAAGAGCAAGCGCCGGCGGCGGCUGGAGCAGAGAAGCUUCCAGGAGUUCUUUCUUGCAGGGGGGGAAGGGGAGGAGGCGGGGGAAGCGGAAGGGGAGAGGGGGGAUGCGCAGGGGAUGGGUGGGGGAGAGGGGGAUGGAGUAUUGAUGGAACACGGGGAGGGGGAUGGAGUGAGCGAAGGGGAAGGGGAGGAGGAUGAGGUUGGUGUUGUUGUGGGGGAGGAUGAAGGGGAUGGGGACGGGGGGAGUGAGAGUGAUGGGGUGGAGGAGGUAGAGCAGGAGGAGGGAGAGGAGGGCGAGGGAGGGGAGGAGAAGGAGGAGGAGGAGAUGAAAGAAAGCGGAGCUCUAGAGGGGGAGAGGAAAGAGGAAGGGGACGAGGAAGGGCGGUUGGCAGAAGAGAGGGACGGGAUGGUUGAGGAGGUAGGUGAUAAGGGUUUGGAAACAGCAGAGAGUGGAGCGGAUAAGCUACGAGGUUCUCGGAAAGCUGUGGUGGGGAAGAGGGAGGAGAAAAGGCGAGAGAGGGAAGGGAAGGCACAGCCAAUCGUGGAGCAGGAGAAAGGCGAGGGGCAGAGGACACUGAGAAGGAGAGAACAACCAAAACGAACCCAGCAGAGCAGGCAACCGCAGCAGCAACAGCAGCAGCAGCAGCCACAGCAGAAGCAGCAGAGGCGGCAGGGGAAGAAGCAGACGGGUAAAGCGAAGCAGGCAGCAGCGGCGAAAGCAAAGGCCGGGCGAGCAGCAGCAGCAAAGGCAAAGCGGGAGGCGGAGCGGCAGGAGGAGCACGAUGCAGAGGUGGCACGGGCUGUAGGGUUUCCACCGGAUGGGCUGAGGGAGGAUGAGGAGGAGGCGGGUGUGGUUCGCAGUGGCACGGGCGGCAGUGGGGAGGAGGGCGUGUAUGUGCGCAUGCGCAACCGUAUUCUGGCUCUGUGGAGGCGGAAUGUGAACGGGUGGAUACACGAGGACAAGCUAUUGAGCAGCACACCGGCAUACGAGCGAGAGGCCACGAGAGCAGCCUUCACCUUUCUGCACCUGCGCGGCUUUAUCAACUGGGGCCUCUCCCGCACAGCCACUGCUGCCAUCCCUCGCCGCCCCUCCCUGCCCCACGUCGUCAUUCUCGGUGCCGGGCUGGCAGGCCUUGCAGCAGCGCGCCAACUACUGGCCCUGGGCCACCGGGUGACAGUGAUAGAGGCGCGCAACCGCCCCGGAGGGCGAAUGCACUCCAAGCUGCUCUCCUCGCCCCCAGGCCCCAACCAGGUGGGGCAGCAGGUGGUGGUGCAGGUGGCAUGUGGUGCAGGUGGCAUUUGUGGCAGGUGCCAUGUGGUGCAGGUGGCAUUUGUGGCAGGUGGCAUGUGGUGCAGGUGGCAUUUGUGGCAGGUGGCAUGUGGUGCAGGUGGCAUUUAUGGCAGGUGGCAUGUGGUGCAGGUGGCAUUUGUGGCAGGUGGCAUGUGGUGCAGGUGGCAUUUGUGGCAGGUGGCAUGUGGUGCAGCACGCCCUGCACCGCAUUCGUUAGCCUCCCAUUCGUGCACCCUCUCUUCCCCACUUGCUCUCCCCUUUUUCAUCGGUUCUCCUCUCCCCUCCCAAUCCCCCCCCACUCCCCCGGGUAGCAGUGGCAGCAGAGCUAGGCGGGUCAAUCGUCACAGGCAUCCUUGGCAACCCUCUGGGCGUCUUGGCACGUCAGCUCGCCAUCCCUCUGCACCGCAUUCACUGACCUUCCCACCCCUCAGUGUCCCCCUUUUCAGUGUCUUUCUCCUUUUCUGCUUCCCUCCGUCUUUACCCCACCAGGUGGCAGUGGCAGCAGAGCUAGGCGGGUCGAUUGUGGCAGUGGCAGCAGAGCUAGGGGGUUCUAUCGUAACAGGCAUUCUCGGCAACCCUCUGGGCGUCCUGGCUCGCCAGCUCGCCAUCCCUCUGCACCGCAUUCGCGACGCCUGCCCGCUCUACCGCCCGGACGGGCUGCCCGUGGACGAAAAAGCCGACCGAGUAGCAGAGGCAAGAUUCAACGUGAUGCUGGACUUAGCUUCAGAGAGGAGGGCUGAGAUGGAAGGGGUGGCAGAUCAGAUCUCCCUUGGGAACACCAUGGAGUUUGUUCGGCAGCAAGCGGUGCAGGCUGUAUCUGAAGAAGGUGCCUCAGCCGCAGGAGCAGCAGCAGCAGCAGCAGCCGCAGCAGCCGCAGCAGGAGCAACAGCAGCAGCAGCAGGAGCAACAGCAGCAGCAGCAGCAGCCGCAGCAGCAGGAGCAGUGACAGGAUCAGCAGCAGCAGCACAACCAGCCACAGUCCAAGAGACAGAAGAGGAACAGCAGCUAGUGCAGUGGCACUACGCCAACCUCGAGUUUGCCAACGCAGCACGAGUAGCGGACCUCUCUCUGGCCUUCUGGGACCAGGACGACCCCCACGAGCUGCUCGGGCAUCACUGCUUCGUGGCGGGCGGUAACGGGCAGCUUGUGGAUGCCCUCGCGGACGGGCUGCCCGUGGUGUAUAACUGUGCAGUGGAGAGGGUUGAGUAUGGGAUCGGGAGGGGUCGAGAAGGGGACGAGCCGGUUCCAGCAGAGGCAGGAGUAGGAGGAGUAGCAGGAGGAAGAGACGGGGGAGGAGGCGGAGGAGGGGGAGGAGCGGAAGAGGAAGUGGGAGCGGAGGGGAGAGUGGCGGUAGGGGGAGUGAGGGUGGUGUGCAGGGACACGAGGAGUGGGGAGGAGGUGGAGUAUGAGGGAGAGCAUGUGCUCUGCACGCUGCCUCUGGGAGUGCUGCAGAGGGGGUCUGUGUCCUUCCACCCGCCCCUGCCUCUCAGGAAGACUCGCGCCAUUCAUAGGCUGGGAUUCGGGCUCUUGAAUAAGGUCGCAAUGCUAUUCCCCUAUGUCUUCUGGGACACCACCAUCGACACCUUUGGUCGCCUCACAUCGCACCCCUCGCAGCGCGGCGAGUUCUUCCUCUUCUACUCCUACGCUGCUGUCUCGGGAGGCGCGCUGCUCAUGGCUCUUGUUGCCGGGGAGGCUGCGGAGAAGUUUGAAGGGGAGAAGUCGGAUGCGCUCAUGUGGCGCGUGCUGACUGUGCUCAAGAAGAUCCACGAGCCCAAGGGCAUAGCUGUGCCGCACCCCUUACAGUGUGUGUGCACGCGGUGGCGCAGCGAUCCGUACGCUGGGGGUUCGUACUCAUAUGUGCGUGUGGCGGCGUCAGGGGACGACUAUGAUACACUGGCGGAGAGCGUGGAUGGGCGGCUAUUCUUUGCUGGAGAGGCCACAAGUCGCCACUACCCCGCCACCAUGCACGGUGCCUGCUUCAGCGGCCUGAGGGAAGCAGCUAAGAUCAACCAAGUCGCAACGGUUGCCGAAGCAGCCCGGGCAGCCGAAGCAUCUCGGGCUGCCAAAGAAUCCCGGGCAGCCGAAGCAACCCGGGCAGCACAAAGUGCAGCUGCUGCCAGCAGUGCCGGCACCACCACCACCACCACAGGGCAAAGCGCGCCCAUGACCACACCUGCUGCAGGCUUGUCAACAGAUGUGGGAGCAGCAGCACCAGCAGCGGCGGGCAUGGGCAUGCAGGUGGCGGUGUGUCUGCUGGAUGCUCUCUUCAGCGACCCUGACCUGGAGUUUGGAGUGAGUGAAGAUGCAGCAGCAGCAGCAGCCGCAGCAAGGAAGGCAGCAGAGAGGCGGAGGGCAGAGGCUGCUAGAGAAUGGGGCCUUGUGGUGAAGGAUGAGGGUCAAACGACUCAUGCAUCAAAGCAGCAGCAUGACCAGCAGCAGCAGCAGCAGCAGCAGCAGCAGCAGCAGCAGCAGCAGCAGCAGCAGAAGGAGCAUCAGCAACAGCCAACAGCACAGAAGCAGGCAAAGGAAGCAGAAACGAAGCCAUCUAGCACUGCUCUGUCUUCCCCACCGCCCCCUGCUGCAGCCGUCACCACAUGGCCCCUCCCCCAGUUGACCCUGCACACAGUGGUCACCCGCCACCAAGCCCUGCUGCUGCGGGAGGUUCGGGGCAGCGAUGCGGCUCGGCUGGCGAUCCUGACGAGCAGGUUCGGGGUGAAGCUGGUGGGGAGACGCGGGCUGGGGCAGAUGGGGGAGGAGGUGGUGGAGGCUUUGCAGUAUAUGGGCGUGCAGAAUGGUUCGGUUGGGUUGGAUCAGGUGGGGGAGGAGGUGGUGGAGGCUGUGAGGGAGGCGAGGGCUGCUAGCAGGAGGAAGCUUGGAACAGUAGACUCUUCCUCUUCUACCAAGGGACUGUCACCUGUAGGAUGGGGCCAGCAGCAAAGCCCACCGCAACAACAACAAGAGCAGGGCCCAUCAGAUGCGAGUGAGAUAGCGGACUAUACCAACCCCUACGAGCUGGUGCUACAACAGCAACAACCGCAGCAGCCGCCGCAUCAGCAGCAGCAGCAGCAGCAGCAGCAGCAGGGACAGUGGCAGGGGCAGGGGCAGGUGCAGGAGAAGUGGCAGGGGCAACGGGAGCUGGGGCAGGGCCCGUCAGAUGCGAGUGAGCUAGCGGAUAACACCAAUCCCCACGAGUUGGUGCUGGUCCGAGGAUCCGUGCAGCUCUCCUACGGGCCGUGCAACCCACUACUGCCGAUGCAUGCUGCCAAGCUCCCAUGCGCUGUGGUGGAGCGAUCUGCAGUGAUGCUCUGUUCCGAGCUGCAUCCCCUGAAAGGAUGGAUCAUCAAGUCAGAACAGUUCAGCCCCGUCCGGCAAUCUGUCCCAUUUUCUCUAGUAGAGACCUCCCAUCCGUCAGCGCCACGUGUCGACAUCUCAUUGGUUGGCGCCACACAGCCUCUGCCUCUGCACACCGUGUACAGUCACACGCACAAGGCCGACCCUUCAUGGGCCGACACUGCCCUACACGUGCUUAUAAGGAAGCGCUUGCCAGUAGGCCUGCGCACGGACGAGAGGGUGCUGCCGAUCAAUCACGAGCUGACAGCUGUCGGCCAUGUGAGGCGCGGAUCCGACGGUCGCCCCGCCAUCUUCGCCUCCCCCAAGUUUUCCUACUUCCUCUUCUCUGAAACCAAGGCGGGCAUGAUUCAGAAGCUGAAUCAGCGAUGGAGAGUGCUAUUCACAUGGGCUCUGCUGCUGUCAGCCGCUGCAGCAGGCGCCAUUGGACUAGCUGUGUGGAAGUAA